CAGUACUGGGAGUCAUGGGGUGUGUGGUGUCCAUCUGUGCUAGUAUGUAUUUUGAACACUCUUUUCCUCUGCUAGAGCUGUAAGUAGGCAAUACGUUUUCAGAAGCUGCCCAGAAAGGUGUGUUGUUAUUACUAGCAACAGGAAGAACUUUGCAAACUUCGUUACAUCUUGAUCAUAUUCACAUCAUUCUGCAAGUCUCCCAAGAGUGUGAUGUACAUUCACUUAUCCCCAGUAGUAUCUCUGAGGCAACAGACUGCCCACCUCAACAGAGCUUCUCCCCUGAGACGCGACUCGCCCACGCGAUUGGCCCCAGUGACGCUUUUAGAGCCUUUUGAGUAUUUCCGUUGUCCGUCUUCUACCGGAUAUCGGCUAGCCACGGUUUGAGUUAUGCAAACCAGGCCGGCUGGCCCGGCGCCGCUUCGCGCACCUAUAAAAACCCGAAUUUGCGCGGAGGACGGGAAAGUUUUGCGAAGUUGCUUGAGCAGCACUUGGUAUAUAGUGUUUUCUUCGAAUAUUAUGGCCCUUACCCUGAAGGACUAUCUGGACAGACCUUUGGACGAUUACUGCAGCGAGAUACUGUCGGAGUGGCACAACAACUGCAUCAACCAGACGAGCUUCGAUAUCCCAAUUGCAAUCCUGGAGCGACCGGCAGAGUCGACAGCUGAGCCAAGCCCAACCUACCAGACCACAGGACCGUUCCCAGACUCCGCGGAGAGCAGGGCAGUCGCUGGCAGCACCGUCAAGUUCCUGCACCAGACCCAACUACCAGCUAUUCCCUCCCAGUGGACAGAAGACCAGGUGUGUCAGUGGGCAGAGUGGGCAGCCAAGGAAUUCCAGAUCUCCUCACUCAAUCUCCAGAGUUUUCGAGGUCUCUCAGGCCAGCAGCUCAGCUCUCUCUCCCUCUCAGAGCUGGACUCCAGGACGUCAGCCGAGUACGGUAGCACCCUCUACUAUUUCCUCCAGACCCUCAAAUCUCUCAGCUCUGGUCCUCCUCCAGACUUCAGCACUGGUGUGUCUGGUGGCAAUUUCCACAACUUUGAGCUUCCGUUUGAGCCGGUUCCACCCAUCAUGAGCGAAGGCAGCCUCUCCAGCCCUGCCCAGGCUCCCACCAUAGCCAUCCACAACCCCAUGAUGCCAAUGAUGGACGACUUCACCGCGCAUUGCAUGGCACACGCCAUGCACCACAACGCACCCAACCAGCUCCUCCUCCCUCCUCCUCCCUACACCCACCGGCCAGCCAGCCCCCACUCCGACACUCCAUACUCUUCCCCCACCAGCUCCCCUCUCCACUCCCCUUACCUUUCCCCCUGCCCCUCGCCUGGGGCCUCCCCCUGCCCCUCCCCCACCCCACAGCUCCGCGCUCCCUCUGCCCCUACUUCUGGCUCGGGUCCGAUACAGCUGUGGCAGUUUCUACUGGAGCUUCUCACGGAUCGCGAGUGUCAGAACUGCAUCUCGUGGACCGGACGAGAGUGGGAGUUCAAGCUCAUCGACCCCGAGGAGGUGGCGCGGCGGUGGGGCUCCCGCAAGAAUAAGCCCAAGAUGAACUACGAGAAACUGAGUCGGGGCCUCCGCUACUACUACGACAAGAACAUCAUCCACAAGGUCCCAGGGAAACGCUAUGUCUACCGCUUCGUGUGCGACCUCGAGUCGAUGCUUGGCAUGUCGUUUGCCGAACUGCAGGGCCAGUUGAAGAGUGACCAACGCGGCGGGCACCAGGAGCUCCCCAAACCCAUCAAGAUCGAGAAACAGCAGCACUCGUCUGGAAUGUGCUCGCUGGGUGGAGGAAUGCCCACAAUGUACGGACCCCCGUCACCCAAUUUCAGCGUUGAUCUGCGCAACCUUCAUCUGAACUCGAGCCCCAUCCCGUCUCCCCAGCCCUCCCCCUACUCCACCUCUCCAGCUCUGUCUAGCUCCCCCGUCAACAUGCACCUGAUGGGCAGUUUUCCUCCCUCUGACUUCAUGAACUAGCCAGCCCUUAGCCCUCUUGGCUUGCCAGCCCCACCGUUCUAACCACUGACUACCUGUAUAUAUUAUGUACUGGCCUCUGUUGUGUCUUCGCUGUGUAUUACACCACCCUUCUGUACUAUUGCUCCCUCAAAGCACUUCACUCACACCUACCACCUUGGUUCGGCUGUAUAUUGCUACUUUUGCUCUAAUGUUAUGUGUGAUUCACCUGCUUUAUAUAUAGUGUAAUGUUAUGAUCAUUUUUUUAAAGAGUAAUGGCUAGGGAAUUUUUUUAGUUUUUCUUCACAGCAAAAAGACAAUGAUUUACACUACGCAUUCAUCUCUCUCGUGUAAUGAUGCUAUCAUAAUCUAUUACAUCACCUUUACAACAUUCAUCUCUGCAACUGUGUACACAUGUAUAAUGUUGACCUAUAUAUUUUUCUACCAAUGAAAGUGCGGGGUGCUAUAUACGGGUGGACUUUGUAUUAGACCG